GUGCCCAGUGUUGAAAGUUGACACUAUUAUAAACAAAUGGCGAUUACUAUCCUCAAUUUUGAAAUUUUCAUUAAGUGUCCGUACUAGACUUAAGAUUUGCAAAUUUAACAUGCUUUUAGGGAUUUCAUCUCUGCAUCAAUUGAAUAUGAAAUAUUUUAUCUGUAAAUUAAGACUUCAUAAAUGACCAUUAUUUCCUCUGAUAGUAUCUUAAGAUUUUAAAAAAUAUGUGAAAAAAAUGGCCUCUAAUUCAUACAGGGUAGAAUGGGUAGAAAUAAUAGAGCCCAAAACUGGGGAACAUAUGUAUGCCAAUUUAGCUACAGGAGAAUGUGUUUGGGACCCACCUGAAGGAGUACCUGUUAAACGUACAGAUUCAAAUCAAUGGUGGGAACUCUUUGAUCAAAAUACUGCUAGGUUCUAUUACUAUAAUGCCACAACACAACGUACUGUAUGGCACAAGCCUACUAACUGCGAUAUUAUACCAUUGGCUAAGCUUCAAACUCUGAAACAUAACACAGAUUGUACUCCGACACAAACUAGUAAUCAGUCUACCCAAACAGGCAAGGGUCAGAUGCUGAGCUUGUCUGCUAGCACUCCUCAACUUAGAAGAAAGUCUAGUGAUCUAUGCAGAAGUAGUAGUUUUAGUCAACAUGGAGCUGAAGCACCUCUUUAUUCCAAUUGGCAUGAUUCUCAUCUACUCCCCCUUGAACAUUUCUUGUUGAACAAUAGUCGUGAUUCUGAUAGUGAACAUUCUGAUAGCGGAAGUGAAUCUCUAACAGGUCAUGAGCCGGAUAAUGAAGAUUCUGAUCAAUCGGAAGGCAGCUAUUUACCUCAUAGAUUAUCUCAUCGCCCUGUAGAAUAUUUGAAUCUCCCAACAGCUUCAAGUGAACCACGAAAUAAAGAAACAGAUACCAAAGACAGCAGACUUCCAGCUCCAGCCUUGAAACCAUCUGCUGAGCCCCCUUUGCAACCAGAAAGAGAAGCUGAUAUGGAAAAAUUUGCUGCUGAUAAUCUGAAUCUUGGGGGAAGGGGUCUCUUCAGACGAAAGGCCAGUGUUCGUGAUCUUCUCAGCUGGUCGGAAAGGAGUCUUCAGAGACCCUUGCUGGCAUCCAGUAAACCAGUUGCAAGACAAGCAUUAGAGAUGUUCAGACAAGUGCAAAUGUACAUGGGGGAUCGGAAGGCAAGGCCUGGAACUUCCCUGAAUUCUCUAGUUAUGGAUAUAUUGGGAACAGCGCAUGCACAACCACUACUUCGAGAUGAACUUUUUGUGCAGUUAUGCAGGCAAACUACGGAUAAUCAAAGGCGCGAAUCGUUGCUAAGGGGGUGGGAACUUUUAACUAUUGCAUUAUCUUUUGUACCUCCAAGCCCGGUGUUCCAACCAGCUUUGCUUGGUUACCUGAAUCGCCACAGAGAUCCUUCCUUCUCAAGAGUUUUUCCUGAUGUCAAUAGGUGGCCUAUUCAUGUUCAGGUAAACCAUUAUGCAACUGUCGCUUGUCAAAGACUAGAAAGGAUUGGUGCUGGUGGAAAAAAAUCUGCUAGAAGACCCCAGAUUGAUGAUGUGGAAUCCGCUAGAAAGCAAAUAUUUCAAGCAAGUUUGUUUGGUAAUACUUUGAGGGAAGUUCUGCAACUUCAAGCUAGUCGUUGGCCGAACAGAAGACUUCCCUGGCCUCAAGUUGAGCUUUCUCAACAAGUACUUCGUCUGCAAGGAUUAAGUACUGAAGGUAUAUUUCGUGUCUCAGCUGAUGUUGACGAAGUGAACAGACUGAAAGCUCAGAUGGACCGAUGGGAACUGUGCGAACCUAGCGAUGCUCAUGUUCCGGCAAAUCUGUUGAAGCUCUGGCUGAGAGAAUUGUAUGAGCCUCUAAUACCCGAUUCUCUUUAUCCAGAGUGUGUAGCUGAACCAAUGACACCACGCAGAGCUUGUGAUCUAGUAUUACGUUUACCAACAUUGCACAGAUUAGUAUUGUGUUAUCUGAUAAGAUUUCUUCAAACUUUUAACAAGCCAGAUGUUAUACAGCAUACUAAGAUGGAUGCUUCCAAUUUGGCCAUGGUUUUCGCUCCAAAUUGUCUGCGUUGUAUGGCGAGUGAUCCACGCACUAUGUUCGAUAAUGCAAGAAAAGAAAUGACUUUUAUGAGAUAUCUAAUACAAGAACUUGAUACCGAGUGUGUGAGAGAUAUGAUGUGACCUAUACUUGUAUAUAACGUAUUUAUAUAAUGAAGCAGUACAUUUUGUAUAAUGCAAUAGAAAUUAUAGGUUUCAUUAAUCAAUAAGGGUUGAAAGUGUUAUUGAUUUUUCACUUUCUUUUCAUUGUAGAUAAGCAAUUAUAAGCAGGUUUUUGAAGAUUUCUUGUUUGGGUUCGAAAAUUUUUAAGCUCAAAACGAUAAAUGCAAUCUUGUAUUCUAAUUUUUAGGAUUUCAUCCAUCAUAAAUUUCGACAAUUCAAUUAAUGAGAUACACCCUUUAGGUGUAUGUAUUGUUGCCAAUAUUGACAUUUCUAAUUUGUUGCCAAAGUGCCAAUAAUUUGCACAUAAUUUUUAAAUUGUCUAGAAAAACUUAUGAAUCAUUUGCUGGUUUAUUACAAAAUACAAAUGAUUCUUUACUGGACCUUUAACAGUUCAUAUUGAACAGAAGUAAUAGAAGAUAUAUCGCCACAAGUAUUUCCAGCAAUAUUAUUUAUUAAACUUGAAUGAUAUAUUCAAGGUGACUCGACUAAUAUCAGAAAAACAUUUAGAUAGUACGAUUUUAGUUUCAGGUGGAAAAUUUUGCAUCAUUUUUACUUUGACAGUGGUAUGUAUACGUUCCUUACCAAAAAACAAAAAAAAUUUCACAAAUUGACCAAAUAUCGAAAAACCGCAUGUAAUGGAAAUUUAAAACACAUUUUCUAUGUGAGCUGAAGAGGCUAUUAAGACUUGUACAUACUGAAGUUGAAAUAUACUAGCAUUUUUUGAAGCAGUUAUCACCUCCCAUCUCAAGGUUUUUUGAGCCAUCUUGUAGAAGGAAUAAAAUGUUCAAAAUUUAAAAGAGAAUUAUAUAGAUUUCAAAAUAUGUGACUAUUAGAGGAACAUGGUGUUUCUAUCAAUACACCAAAAGAACCAAAUAAUCGAUAUUGUUUCUUCAUGCAAUUAUUCCAAAGCUUAUACAAUAUUCAUUUAGAGGUAAUUUGUAUUGCGUACAGGCUGAAUUGUAGAACAAAUUAUAAUUUUUUUCCUGAAUUUGUGAGCAAGUUCUUAUAUUUCAUUAAUAUUGUUGAAUUUUCACAGGUUAUUUUAUCUGUUUUGUUUUAAUAAUUAUAUGACAAAGAAUAUUUCGAAAUUUUUUCAUAAAUGCUACAUAUUUCAACAAUUUUCAGUCGUAAUAGUUUUAGUAAUAAAUAAUUGAAUUUUUCUAAAUUCCACGAAUUAGAUUUUUAUUCAUUGUUCUCUUUACAAUUUGUCAGAUUUUCGAGAAUUCUAUGAGGAACAGGCUUGAUGAAUGUUUUAAAUAUUUGGAAAACUACCUUAAAAAUAUCGCAAUGCUUCAAUUUUUCUCAUGAGCCCUAUUUGAUCUGAUGCAACUCCUUUAUAAUCUCACAUAUCAUGGCGAAGUUUGUUUAGAAAAUUUUCUGCUUCAUUAAUGCAGAUCUAUUAUCAAUUCAACGUCUAUUUUUGAGACGCCAAUUGAAGAUUUGGAGUAAAUUUACCAUUGUCAUCAUUUUUAGUAUGUGAAUAUCAACUGAAAUUUUUCCUUUAAACAUUAUAGCUUUCCACAAUAUACAUAUAAACUUUAUUAAAAACUGACAAUAUAUUUGCUUAUUAUUUUAUAUUCAUUUGUAUUAUAGAUUUGUAUAUUUUCAUAGUAAACUUUUCAGAUUUUAUUUAAUGAUGAUAUAAAGAGGGCUUUCUCUUUGUUGAGUAUUAUGGAAAAUUAACUAGUCCUAGUUAUUACUUAUAAAAAAUUGAACUGUCAAUCUUUUUAGGUUUAUAUGUUGUUUUAAUUACGAAUAAAUCUCGAUGAAAAUUA